CAAACACUUCCUCUACAUUCUGUUUUCUGAUAUCAUCAAGUGUUGAGGACGAUGGCAAGCAGCCACCCUCGCCAACUGGCAGCCAUUCCCCCCAGCAAGAUGCAGCAAAGAAGAGAACGCAGGAUGUUUUCAACCUCGGACGACAGUGCCAUGAUGAAGCAAGUUCAGGCCACUCACGCCCCAGAUGGUCGUGAAGUCGAUGUCAAGCCCGUUCUCCAAAUCAUUGAGGAAAUCUUGAUUCAUGUCAUUGCUCGUACCGUUGACGGUGAUGUUGAUGGAAAAAGAGAACAUGUUGAUUCCAUGGAGAAGGCUGCUGUCUUUGCUGAGUUGGACAUGCUUGAUUCCUUGGCCUAUAUCAUAUACAAAAUUUCCUGCGAGCUGCCUUACAAGUGCCUAGGAGGUGGAGAUCCACAUGCAACAGCCAUGGGGAUCCUGAGCAUUCUGUCUAGCUAUCCAUGGCAUGCAAAAGUGGCGCUAACUUUAUCAGCCUUCGCUGUUAACUUUGGAGAAUUUUGGCUCGUUGCUCAGUUGGGAGCUACAAAUACGCUUGCUAAAUCUGUGGCACUGCUCAAGCAACUGCCUGACCUUGUAGAGAACCAUGCCUAUCUGAAACAGCAAUUUGAUACAUUGAUCAAGCUCGUGAAGGCGAUUCUGGACGUGACAAGGUGUAUCAUUGAGUUCAAAGAGCUACCCACUGAGUACAUUUCAGAAGACACUCCUCCAAUGUCCGUUGCUAGCGCUCAUAUUCCUGUUGCUGCCUAUUGGACCAUCCGAAGUAUUGUGGCUUGUGCUUCGCAGGUUGCAAGUUUUGUAGGAUUGAGAAAUGACUUUGGCUCAACCACCUCAGAGGCAUGGGAACUGUCGAGCUUGGCCCAUAAGAUGAGCAGUAUAUAUGAGCAACUUCGGAACCAGCUGGCUAUCUGCUACCAAUAUAUAGAUGAGAAGAGGCACAUUGAGGCCUACCACAAUUUGUUUCGCCUCUUUGAGACAGCCCACAUAGACAACCUGAAAAUUCUCAGGGCAUUGAUAUACGCCAAGGAAGAUCCACCCCCCCUUAUUGAUGGAUCUACCAAAGCAAGGGUUAGUCUGGAGGUGCUGAGAAGGAAGCAUGUCUUGCUGCUGAUAUCAGAUCUCGACCUUUCACAAGAAGAGAUCAUAAUACUUGAUAACUUGUACAAAGAUGCACGAUCAAGGAGCGAGACGCACUACGAGAUGGUAUGGAUUCCAGUUGUGGACAGAGCGGCCUGGAAUGACAUGGGUAGACAGAAGUUUGAGCAUUUGCGAGCAUCGAUGCCAUGGUACAGCGUGAGGGAUCCCCUGAUUAUCCAACCAUAUGUGAUAAAGUAUACCAGAGAGGUGUGGAGCUUCGCAAAGAGAGCCAUCUUAGUGGCCCUUGAUCCGCAGGGCAGGCUGUCCUCUCCCAAUGCCCUCCACAUGUACUGGAUUUGGGGAAAUCUGGCUUUUCCAUUCACUCGUGAGAAAGAAGAAUCCUUGUGGAAGGCAGAAGUCUGGAGCCUUGAGCUGCUGGUUGAUGGCAUUGAUCCUGCAGUUCUAGAAUGGAUGGCAGAAAGCAAGUACAUAUGCCUGUACGGGGGUGAAGAUCUUGAAUGGAUCCAAACAUUCACGAGCACUGCAAUGGGUGUAGCAACAGCGAACAAAUUCUCGCUGGAGAUGGUCUACGUGGGGAAGAACAACGCCAAAGAGAGGAUGCAGAGAAUGAUCAACACGUUCACGACCAGAAAGUUCAGCUACUUCUGGCCGAACGUGACGUCCAUAUGGUUCUUCUGGACAAGACUGGAGAGCAUGCUGUACUCAAAACUACAGCACGGGAAAACAGUAGAGAGCGACCAGAUAAUGAGCGAAGUGAUGACAGUGCUGAGCUUCGACGGGAGCGAUCAAGGCUGGGCUAUAUUCUGCAGAGGAGCGCAUGAAAUGGCGAGAGCCAAGGGAGACACGGCGUUAACAUGCCUAAGAGAGUUCGAGAAGUGGAAGGAAAGUGCAACGAGAGAUGGAUUUAUACCGGCAAUGAACGAAUAUCUGAAGCAACUUCACACGCCGCAUCACUGCAAUCGCCUCAUCCUUCCAGGGAGCACAGGGGGGAUUCCGGAGAAGGUGGUGUGCGCGGAAUGUGGCCGUCAGAUGGAGAGGUACUUCAUGUAUCGCUGCUGUGUGGAGUGAAGGAGACAAUACCAGUAGUUAUAUGUAUUUUCAUUAUAUGAUAUGUAUGGCUUGAGUGUUUAAUUUUGAGCUUGAAUCGUUGUGGUUUGUGUAGUUAGCAAUGGUGUUUGUGUGAGGAAGAGGAGGAUGAUGUGCGCGUGUGGUUUACAAAAUUGAGUCCGUAUAAGAUAGGGAGCUAAAGUGCGCCGUAGGUUUGGUGCUAAAAUAAUAUACUUGAAGUGUGUGCUAUUUGUGGCAACAAAAAAAGCAAGUGUGCGCUCUUUUCUCGUUCUCUGUAAAUGCCAUCUUCUUCGUCAUCUCUUUUAA